AUGUCACAAGCACGAACCGUUCAAGGAGUAGGCAUUAUUGGUGGAGAGGAAGCAAUAAAUUGGGGUUUGUCGGGACCAAUGCUACGAGCUUCCGGAAUAGAAUGGGAUCUUCGUCAAGUUGAUCAUAAUGAGUGUUACGAUGAAUUUGAUUGGGAACAACAGGCCCUUGAAGGAAUUCCGGGAGGGCCCUAUCAAAAUUUAGAAAUCCGCCGCUUUGAUAGAGUAAAAGAUACUGUAUGGAAUGAGUUUGACUAUCGAUUCAUUAGUAAAAAUCCUUCUCCGACUUUUGAAUUGUCGAAGCAAGAACUUUAUGUGAGAGUCGAAGCACCAAAAGGAGAAUUGGGAAUUUUUUUGAUAGGAGAUAAGGGUGUUUUUCCUUGGCGAUAUAAAAUUAGGCCGCCCGGAUUUAUUAAUUUGCAAAUUCUUCCUCUGUUAGUUAAAAGAAUGAAAUUGGUUGACAUUAUGACGCUAGAUAUCAUUAUGGGAGAAGUUGAUCGUUAA